GACUUAAAACAAGCCUCCUUCAAACCCUCCGUCAGUCCUGCAGGAGAAAAGGGGCGGUCGGCUUUCUCCUUUCAAGAACGAGUUAUUUUCAGCUGCUGACUGAAGACGGGCGCACGUCUGGAUACAAGAGCGUUUCCACUAUGGGACUGGAUACAGACGUGCAAGAGGCAGAUUUAAAGAGUCUCAGCCUGAGGAGAAAGCCCUUCCCGCUGCCGCUGCCGCUGCCGCCGCUGCCGCUACCGCUGCCGCUGCCCUUGGGGUUUCGUUCCUUUCAUGGUUUCUCCUGCCAAACCAGAGGUACCUUCGCCGCUGUUCUCUUUGGUGCCAUUCAGCGGCAGGUUAGAGGAUGAAACUCCCAAGACUCCUCACUUUCUUGCUCUGGCACUUGAUUUGGUUGGACCUAGAUCUUAUCAGCACUGUUCUGAGUGCCCCAGACCUGGCACAGAGAACCUCAGGGUCCAGACCGGGACUGGCCAAGGCAGAAGCCAAGGAGCGUCCCCCUCCUGCCAGAGGCAGCUUCAGGCCGGGGGGACAUGGCUUCAAUGGGGCAGCCACUAAUGCCAGGGCAAAGGGCAGCGCCAGCCACGCUGGAGGCCAUCUACCCAAGAAGGAUCAGCCCAAAAAGAUGCCCUCGAGAGCCGGAGGUCCUGAGCCCAAGCCAGAAAUCCCCCAGGCAAGGCAGGCGGGAGCUCGGACUGUGACCCCCAAAGGGCAGCACCCUGGUACCAAGGUUCCUCCAAAGGGUGGCCCCGGUUCCAGUACUUUCCUACUGAAAAAGGCCAAGGAGCCGGGGCUCCCAAUCGAGCCCAAGGAACCUUUCCGACCGCCCCCAGUCACGCCCCAUGAGUACAUGCUCUCCCUGUACAGGACGCUGUCGGAUGCUGAUAGGAAGGGAGUCAAUGGCAGCGUGAAGCUGGAAGCUGGGCUGGCCAACACCAUCACCAGCUUCAUAGACAAAGGGCAAGAUGACAGAGGUCCUGCAGUCAGGAAGCAAAGGUAUGUGUUUGACAUCAGUGCUCUGGAAAAAGAUGGGCUAUUGGGAGCUGAGUUACGGAUCCUGCGGAAAAAGCCCUCAGAUGGGUCGAAGCCAUCUCUCCCUGGGCGGCCAGCCCAGCUGAAGUUGUCUAGCUGUCCCAGUGGCCGGCAACCCGGCAUCCUGCUUGAUGUACGUUCUGUGCCAGGUCUGGAGAGCCCCCGUUGGGAAGUGUUUGACAUCUGGAAGCUCUUCCGAAAUUUUAAGAAUUCAGCUCAGCUGUGUUUGGAGCUGGAGGCCUGGGAUCGAGGCCGUGUCAUGGACCUACGUGGUGUGGGCUUUGACAGAGUUGCCCGUCAGGUCCAUGAGAAGGCCUUGUUCCUUGUAUUUGGCCGUACUAAGAAACGUGAUUUGUUCUUUAAUGAAAUUAAGGCUCGCUCUGGCCAAGAUGAUAAAACUGUGUAUGAGUACCUAUUCAGUCAGCGUCGGAAACGGCGGGCCCCACUUGCGACCCGCCAGGGCAAGCGCCCCAGCAAAAAUCCAAAGGCCCGUUGCAGUCGCAAGGCUCUCCAUGUUAAUUUCAAGGACAUGGGCUGGGACGACUGGAUCAUUGCCCCCUUGGAAUACGAGGCCUUUCACUGUGAAGGACUCUGUGAGUUUCCCCUUCGCUCUCACCUGGAGCCCACCAACCAUGCUGUCAUCCAGACUCUUAUGAACUCCAUGGAUCCCGAAUCUACUCCCCCUACCUGCUGUGUACCCACCAGGUUGAGUCCUAUCAGCAUCCUUUUCAUUGAUUCUGCCAACAAUGUGGUCUACAAGCAGUAUGAGGACAUGGUUGUGGAGUCCUGUGGCUGCAGGUAGCAGCAUCACCCCUCUAGGCCACCCCCUCUUCUCUAUGGUCAUGGCCACUGUCACAUGGUCCUUUCUUUUCCAUCAGUAUCUCCCAAUUUCCCUUUCCAUGACUCUGGCUAGAGAGCCCCUCACCAAAGAACAUCUCUCUCAGAAGAGCGACCCUCAUCCUAAUCUGGUAUCUCCCUGACACCAGCAUCAGUGCUGCUCAGACUCCCAGAGAUUGCCCAUGCCUAGGAAGUACAGACUUGAGAGUGAUGAAGAUAUCAGGAGUCAGUUUUCAGGAAGUCCCCUUUCAGUUCCAGACUCAGUUUCAGACAUUCCACAAAAUAUCCUCUCCUAACCCUCAGGAACCCUAGGGAAGUCUGGCGGUUUCCUGGGCUCUUCCUGGAAAGAUAGCAUUGAGUCUGCCUCCACAUACAAACAGAGUGUAUGGUGACUUUUUCUAUUGCCAGCUUGGCAGAAAGAGGAAUUAAAUGGGCAAGGGUGGGGGAGCAGGGAUGAGGAUUCAGGGGAAGCAGGGAGGGGGAAAGGGUGUUAGGUUGUUAUAUUGUUAGAUUAAACUGUACAUUGGCCAAGAUAAAGAAAACACAACUUAGAGCUGUGAUUGAUUCAUUCUAUCCUAUUAAAGAUAAUGUUUCCUCCAUUCAGAAUCAAAUUGGGGAGGGGGAACCUUAGUUUUGUCCCCAGGCCAAGGAGGGUGGUGGGAAUAUUUGCCUCUUCACUCUCUCUCAAUCUGGGUUGUAAACUGCCCAGAGAAAAAAGGCUGAGCCUAGCAGUUCCCCUCUGAUUCCAUUUCUUCUGCUCCCAAAGUUGUUUUGGCUGGAAACUGCCUGCUCCCGGGGAAAACAGCCAUCUCUCCAUUGAGAUUUCUCAUUAAUAUAUUCUUCUGUUUGAUCAGGUUGUGGGGAAAAAAAAGUCUGUUCAGUCUUCUAAAAUAAUAUAGAAGUAAAACAGUGAUAACUUCAUUUAUUUACCAAAAAGUCUCAUUAGCACUAAAUAUGACUCCUGUGCAUCAUCUUAAGUGAUUUCCUCCACAGUAAGAGUUAAUAACUCUUCUGCCUUUGAACUAUAAGGGGAUUCUGGGAUAUAGGAUUCCCUCAAGUGUGGGACCUUAGAAAUAGAACCCUCAUAGGCAUGAAGACUCAAGAGAUAUGGGACAUUAGACUCCCUGAAAUGUGGGGAAAUCAGGUAUGUGGUGCUCCCUUAGGUAUAGAGAGGUGGGAUUUGGGAAAUGUGUGGAAUUUAGAGAUAUGGUGUUCCCUUGGGUGUGGAAAAUUAAAAUAUGGAGACUGGAAGAUUAAGAGAACUCAUAGGCAGAGGACUGAAAAUGUGGGGCUUCUUCAGAUAUGAGGACUUAAUAUGGUACGCAUCAGAAAUGGGACUGGGGUUUU